GGACGAGCCCCCCAUGCCCCCGAUGGAGGUGAUUUUCCAGCCCUCCAUGGCCAUAGUGCAGGCCACGAAGAUCCAGCCCAACACCGUCAUCAGGAAGCCCCAGAUCUGGACCACUCGGAUCUUCAUGUCAGAGCCUCUCUUCCUUCACUCACACAGAAGCCGUUUUCAUCUGGAAUCAAAGUGAUGUGGAAGUGGCGUCCUGCCGUCCAGGAGAGGACUAGUGGAUCUCAGGUACCCAGCAGAGGUGUAGAGUUGUUUUCCAGGUGUUCCUGUACAUGUGGGUGAGAGACGACAGUUGGUCAGUUUCCCAUGAGUUGCAGGUAACAGUUGUGCUCACCUCAGCUUGUGUCUCAGGUUACUGGAGACUACAUGCCCCUAUUAGUUCUCUCUGUACUGUCACUGAUAUGCAAUUUAAAAGGAGGAAAUUCUGUUUAUAGCAUCAGUAAGUUUAGUAGUUUUCUUCUUCUAAAUAUUCUCUAAUUAUUUUUUAGUGUUUCUGAUUAAUUAUGAAAUCCCUGGCCUUCUAAAUCCACCGCAGACUAAAACUAAAUGAGACAAAAGAGACGAAACAUAACAAAAAAGACAAAGUUACAAAGGUAUGAAGAAAAAUUUACAAAAUUACACAGAAAAAACACUUUAGCCUAUGUUUUUUAUUAUGUUCUGGGAAAUUAUGAGGGGAGAUCAGACAUUUUAUAGGCAAAACAAAAUAUUCAUUUCCUUAAACAAAAAUAAUCUUUAUUGCAGCCCUACCUGAAUUUUGGGAAAUCAAAAAAACCUGAAAUUUCUGCUUCUGCUUUACAAUGACAAUGAUUUAUGGUCAUAUCUGCAUUCUGGAUGGUAACACUGCAAUACUUUUAACUUAAUGGGUUUUAAUGAGCUCAAAAAGUGGUGAAAGUUCUACGUUUUUGUCUUUUUUCAAUAGAAUUUUUAUAUUUUUACACAUAUGACAUUAAAGUCCGUGGGAAGUAAAAUUAAAUGCCUGGGUUAGCUGAACGGCAGGACGAUCCAGUAUGAUGUAAUCCUUGUGUUGGAACGUGAAAGAUGCUUACUGGACAAAACCAUCUAAGAGAUAAGAUGAGAAACAAACGUCCGCUCUGCUGCUUCAGAGGGGCAGAUCAGUUCCCACACCGACAGCUCGUUAGCUUCAUUCAUCUCUGAGUGUUUCUGGUGGAGGACCAGCGCUCACCAUGAAGUACAGGACGGUGGUGAUGUACCUGGAGAUCGGCUGCUUCGUGUCCUGCCUGUGUGGAUGGAUCCUGGUGUGUUCCACUCUUCCCACAGAGUACUGGACGUUCUCCGAGGUGGGCAGCAUCGUGUUGACCACCUCCAACUACUACUCCAACCUGUGGAGGGACUGUAUCUCCGACACCACGGGGGUGUCUGACUGCAAGGAUUACCCCUCCAUGUUGGCCCUGCCAGUGUUCCUCCACGCCUGCAGAGCGCUGGCCGUCUGCGCCGUCAUCACCGGCUUCUUCGGAGGCGUCCUCACGCUGAUAGGGAUGAAAUGCACUAAAAUAGGAGGCUCAGAGAUCGCCAACGCCAGGGUGACGUUUGCUGGAGGGAUAACCUACCUGGUGUCAGGAUUCUGUGGUAUGAUCACCUAUUCAUGGUGGGCCAACAGAGUCAUCACUGAGUUUGUGGAUCCAAAUUUCAGGGCACAGAAAUUUGAACUUGGAGCUGCUGUUUUCAUCGGCUGGGGAGGCUCCAUCCUGCUCAUCUCAGGAGGGACGGUGUUGACUACCUUCGCUGGAAAAGAAGGUCUACCAUCAAGCUCAUCAGAUCGGCCACGGAGGCCGGUUUCUUACGCCACUGGCCGAACCAGACGGACCUACAUGCUGCCGGCCUCAUCAUCUAGAGUGACUCUGGUGCCACCGCUGUUCUAUGAAGGCAGGAAGAGCCGAGCAACCAGAGCGACGACGAAGACCGGUCGAACCUUCAGCAGGGACAGCUUCGUCUGAGCUGGACCGGAACUCAGAGCCGAGGGAGUGACUAGACUGACAUUUUUAGGGAACAUGUUAACAUGCUUUCUUACCGAGAGGGAAAUGAAAAGAUUGAUACCACCGCCAUGUCAAUAUGGAGCCGCUUAGCUUAGCAUAAAUACUGUAACGUACACUAGCGUUCAAAGGUUUGGGGUCAUCCAGACAAUUCCAUGUUUUCCAUGAAAACUCCCACUUUUCUCCAUGUGCUAACAUAACUGCACAAGGGUUUUCUAAUCAUCAAUGAGCCUUUCAACAGCAUUAGCUAACACAAUGUAGCAUUAGAACACAGGAGUGAUGGUUGCUGGAAAUGGACCUGCUGAACUAGACUGAGUUUGACAGCCCUGGUCUACUGGAUGGAGAGGUAUCAGAGUGGUAUCGAUCUUUUCAUCCAUCUUGCUGCGAGAAAGCAAAUAAGUGAAUUGGCAUAAAUAAUAUAAAUAUACAUAAAUUCUGCUUAACAAUAACUGCUGUUUGAAUUUGAGAGCCAUUUUUGUCUUUUAUCAGGAAGCAUCCAUCGUCUACUGAGGCUGUAGAUCUUUUUUGUCUUUUUGCUUUGUUCUUUCGAUGCACACUGAGGUUCAGUAUAAAAGAGAACAUGAAUAUGACAACACUUAAUACUUGUUUACAAAUCUGUUGAUCAAAACACGACCAGGUUCCACUACUCAGGUAUGUCACCUUCACCAGGGGGAUGUUAUAUCUGGGUUCCUUACAUUCAGUUGAGCUGUUAUGUUAAUUAAACUAAAGAUACAAACAGCAUUAACAUCACAUAGUUAGAAAACCUUUCAACAUCUAGUAAACACAGAAAAGUAUGACAGUAAUUCAAAAUAUGACAUGUAAAAUAAUACUCUUUACUGUAUCUUUUAAAUUUAUGGAGUUUUUGUUCUUUGAGAGCAAAUCUACACUUCAAAUCUGACUCCUUUUUUAGUUUGAUUAAAAAAUUUAGAAAACUUCCAUCAGACUUUUUAAAAGCCUUACACACGUUUUACAUUUUAAUGGCUGCAUAUUUUAAGAUUUUGACCUUUAGUUUGUUGCAUCGAGAUAAUCUCUCAUUUAUUAUUUUGAAGCUCCUGAAGUUUUUUCUACUUCUGCUUUUCUACAUUUCGCCAGAUGGAAGGCAUCCCUUGUGCUGCAUGAAAUCAGUCCUCCUACUUGUAUUUUUCACCUUUAUGAGGACAGCUAAAGUAAAUUUGGUGUAUUUCUGCUCAGUCAUUUUGAUGAAUGUUUUAAUGUUUUUUGUGAAUUCAGUAAAACAACAAAAACUAAACUGGUUGAA